UAAUUCAUAUUCAAAUAUUUAAACAAAAUCAACAAAAAAAAGUGUCGUCAACGCGCAGUGCAUUUUUGUGAAGCCGCCUACGCCCCACCCUCCACGCCCCCCUCCCCCCCCGUUGGCAAUCAACACGCCCGUGUCGGCGUUUCGUUUAGUUUUUGUUGCAGUGCUUUAUUAUUAUUAUUAUUAUUUGUUGUUGUUGCUGUCGUCGCCGUCGCUGCUGCUAGAAGUGGAGACAAGCGGUGGCGUCCGUUGGAGCCGCAAGCAAGAGCGAAUGUGUUUCGACAAUGUUACUGCCUUCGGGGCGAUCGAAUAGUGAUGUAUAUCCGCUACAAAAUGCCACCAACAAUACAACAACAGGAACAGGAGCAGGAGGAGGAGCAGUGGGCGGAGGAGGCAUAGUGUCCAAGCCUUUGCUACUGACAAGAACAUCAUCACCACAAUUGACAACGCUGCCCAAAUCUAAUGGCUCCAUUACCCAUCAUGCCCCACAAUCCACGCCCACACAAUCCUCCUUUGCGUCUGGCGCCGUUUCAGCCGUUGCUGUAAGCCAAGAAGUUACCGGAUGUCAGUUGGACUCCGGAACAAAGGCGACAACAGCAACGGCAACGGUAACGACAACAGCAACAGCAACGCCAACAUCAAUAGCAGUAGCAACAACCACAUCGGAGGCAACUGUCAACACGGGUAUAUAUGGGCCACUUUUGGGUCACAGUCAUCCUCAGCAUGGCAUGCCCGGAAAUUGGGGCGAAAUUGAUCGACAUUUGGCCAUAAUACAAGAGAAACUCAAGGCUGGCUGGACAGCGCAUGCUGGCAAGGAGGGUCGACUAUAUUACUGCAACCAUAUAGCUCAAACAUCAGGAUGGCUUCCUUCGUGUGAGGAUUGGAGCAAGCAUGAAGAGCUGUCCUAUGGUUGGGAACGUGCCAUAGACUCUAAGGGUCUAUCCUACUACAUCAACCAUAUAAACAAGACCACCACGUAUGAGGCACCUGAAUGUAUACGCUGGGAUGAGCAUCCACCAGAGCCACGUCAGGUUCAAUUGCAACGCAAUGCAAGUCUGGGUUUUGGUUUCGUGGCCGGCAGUGAGAGACCCGUGAUUGUUCGCUUUGUGACCGAAGGUGGUCCCAGCAUUGGCAAGCUCCAGCCUGGGGAUCAAAUCUUGGCUGUCAAUGGAGAGGAUGUGAAGGAUGCUCCGCGAGAUCAUGUAAUACAGCUGGUGCGGGCUUGUGAAACGCAAGUCAAUCUACUCGUUUGCCAGCCCAUGGCCCAUUGUGUUCUACCGGGUCGUAAGUCGACACUUCUGUCCGCGGGCAAGCGAGCCAAACUAAAAACAAGGCCAAGUCGUGUCCGAUUCGCCGAGAGUGUGUGCGUCAAUGGAGCUCCAUUGUUUCCGCCAUCGGCAUUCUCCCUGGGCGAUAUUUGUGUGCCGCCUAUGGCAAAUGUGCUCAAGGUUUUUCUAGAGAAUGGACAAACCAAAUCAUUUAAAUAUGAUGCCACCACCACUGUGCAGGAUGUGGUCAGUUCCCUGUUGGAUAAACUUUGCCUCUGCUGUGGUGAACUCUUUAGUCUGGUCCUAGAACAUGUCAAGAGUCUAAAGCGCAACAAGUUAACUCUCCUUGAUCCCCAGGAGUCGCUAGCCAGGAUUGCCGCACGUCCUGGGGCCCAUAAACUGCGCUGUCUGUUUCGGAUUACUUUUGUGCCCAUUUCGGCUGCCGAACUGGCUCAAAGGGAUCUGCAGGCGUUGGAUUAUUUAUAUAUGCAGUGCUGCAAUGAUGUGAGCCAGGAACGUUUUGCUCCUGAAUUGCAACCGGAAUUAGCUCUUCGUUUGGCCGCCCUGCACAUGCAUCAACAUGCUCUGGCCAACAAUUUCUCGCCCGCCAAGCUAACCGUCAAACUAGUCGAACGCGAGUUCGGCCUAGAACGUUUUGUUCCCGUCACCCUGUGUGAGGGUAUGAAACGAAAGGAACUACGACGUCUAAUAUCACAUUUUCUUAAGUUGAAUGCAGAGAUGACAGGAUCUUCCAGCAAGGUUCUUACCCAGCUACAGGCCAAACUCCAUUAUUUAGAUAUAAUUGCUAGUUUACCCAGCUAUGGAGCCAAAUGCUUUAGCACAAACCAAAGAGAAGGCGUUGAGCGUGUCCUGCUUGUGAGUCCGCGCUUUGGCCUAAGUCAAAUAUCCAGUGCCCGUAAUUCUGUGCCCCAACCCAUCUCAGCGAUUGAGGACUUUACCCAUGUUGUGGUACAUCGUGAGGACGAUGUCACUUGCAGUGUAUCCAUCUUUAUGUUGGGAGAUCGUGCUGUCAAAUUUAUCAUGGAGGAUCGGGAUGCCUGUGAAUUUAGUCUAGUGUUGAGUGGUUACUAUCGUCUGCUAACGGGCAACAUGUUAAAUGUGCUGCGAGAUCGGGAACAUGAUUUGGCUGGCGAUGAUACGGAUAGUGCACCAGCUUUUCUCUCUCAGCACACAGUUCUACCAGCGGGUUGGAGUUAUUUGCUUCCCUUCCACACACGUGCCCAUAGCAUUAAUUUCUUAAUGACGCCACCGUAUCACCCGAUGCCCCAGAAAGCAAUUCUAUCCCAACAACAACAGGCGACUGGCGCCUCUCUGCCCUAUGGCAUGGAUCUGGACUUGCACAGUGUUAUGGCUACCGAACUGCUUGAGGAGGCAGCUAAGGAUUCCGGCUUGAGUGACAGCAGUGGCAGUAAUUACUGUGAAGGACGCAGCACUCAACAUCAUCAGUUGGCAGUGGAGGCCAAGAAUGAGCAGGUCCUGCGGCGAGUACAAGAAUUGCAGCAACUAGUCCAAACCUCUGAACAAUAUCUCAGUGAACAGGAGCAGGGCCAGGGACAGGCCAUAGCCAUGCUGGAGUUUGACAGCGAUUGCGAUAGUCUGAACAGCAGUAAGGUCUCUUCCACCGAAGACUCGAAUGUCAACAGCCUGGCCCUGGGUCCACCAAAUCCUCUCAAGCAUAGCGAUUCAUUGACUUUGCUAGCGGAAACUAUUAAUCAUGACCUGAGUGGCAUAGCUCAGGGUCUAAAUGCGAUACCAGAAACACAACCGAUUUCCUCAUCCGCUCCGGCCACCCCAGCUACGCCCAAGAGAAAGCCUAGUCUGUGCAGCACAUCCAGCCCGAGACCGCAAAGGAAAUUGAAUGGUUUUAGUCAACUCUUGAGUGAUUUGCAGGCCUUGGGCAAUGAUUUCUCUCAGAGCGAAAGUGACUCGGAGUCGGUGGCAUCGCCUGCUCAAUCACCUACAGCCAGGAGACCACAAAUUAUGCUACUUCAGAGUGGUGGUGGUGCGCCGGUGAAGCAACCACUAUCCCAGCGUAGCAGUUUCGGUUUGCACAGUCCGGAUGGCAAUCAUUUUGGUGCCGCCGGUGCCUUGGCGAACGAAACAAAGGAUUACAAUCUAAGGGAAUAUCUGCAGCAGCUGAAGGAAAUCAGCAAUGCCACUUCCGCUGAUACUGAUGUAGCUGCUCGCCAGCUGUCCGAAAUCUAUGGCUUUGAAGUGCGAGAGGAUACAUUCAUUGAGACCGAUACGGAUCUCAUAGAUCUACGUGCCAUUCCACCACCACAAACUCCCGAUGAACUGGACUCGCUGUCACUGAUGAAUGCCGCUCCACCCAAAGGUUUUGAAGGCAAGGCCGAAGAGUUGGAUCAAUUCCUGCAGAAAAUCAUGGUGGCUCCACCUACACAGAAAGCAACUCCCGCCAAGGAACUAACGCCUGAAGAGAUAAUGUCAUUUAUAAUUCCACCACCUCCAAAUCUAGAGAAUCAACAGGAACAGCAGCAGCAGCCUUUAGAAGAACCUGAAUGUCUCUAUAGCAAUUCUGUGCAAGCCAAGCGUGAGUUCUUUCAAACUUUAAACACAAAUGGCACUGGCAAUGGCAUUGCCAACUUUAGGACCAAAGAACCGGAGCCAUCGCAUGUCAUAGAGUAUGCCACAGUGGAGAGAAAGAGUAAAUUCAGCUGUUGUCCCACCUCAAAGAAGGAUGAAACUACCUUGGAAUUGCAGCCACCGCCACGUACACCGACAAGUGGGGAUAUAUCACCACCGCCGGCUCGUCCACCCAAAAGUGCCGAGCUUAUGCAACGCUAUUCGCCCAAAAAGCAAGUGAGGAUCACCACACCCACGACGGCAACAGCAGCGGCAGGAGGAGGAGGAGGAUUGGUUGUGGGAUCAGGUGUUAUUGUGGCCGGUGUACCACCACAAUUACCACCACGCGAUGCAGUUACAGUUCCAGUUCCAGUGACGGUGAGUGCUCCAAAGAAACCCCCGUUGCCGCCCAUUGCCAGUCGCCCACGUCCAGUACCAGUCUCAGUUCCAGUCAAUGGCACGCCCGCGGUCUAUACACCACCGCCCAUACCGGCCACUGCACGUCUGCCCGCCUCCCAGCAAACCAAUCACCAACUCCACCACCAUUACCUUCACCAACAACAACUACAACAACCAGUGAUACCAAAGAAGCCCCCACAACUGCCGCUGCAGCAGCAGCAACAGCAGCCGCAGCCGCAGCCAAUCUAUGGCGAGAAGCUCUUUAUCAAGAAUGGGCAUUUGAUUGAUGGCGAUGCACUGCUGGCCAAGACCGACAUAGCCAUGGCUGGACUUUUGAUUAAGCUUGACCAAGUAGCUGCUCAAUGCUCAGCUGCCCAGUCAGCGGGUGGCGGUUCUAGCAUCGAUGAAGAGAAGUUCCAAAGAGCGCGCAAUGAACUGACCGAACAGACAUUGGCUUUGGUGACAGCCAGCAAAUUCCUGGUGGCCUCUAUGUCAGAUAUGACGCUGAUUACCCUGCCCGAUCACCUGACCUCCUGUCUUACGGCUAUAAGACGGAUAACCGAAUUGGCCCAAGACAUGACCAGGCAUACAUCGGCACCGCUGCAGACUCGGAACAUUGUACUCAAGGUGCACGAUGUGGCCAGCAGUUUUCGUGAACUUGUUGGAGUGCCGAUUGGCCCGAUCGGUGCCGGACAAUUGGCCCUGCAGGCCGAGUGUCUGGCCAAUGUUUUGGCCACCCUUUUACGAAGUUUAAGGGUCUUUUCGCCAUAGCCCUCGAAACGAAACGAUCCUAACAUAUCUAUAACUAAUCAACUCUCUAUAUAUAAAACUUCAUAUACGACUAACAUUUGAACAAAAUCUAACUAACUAUUUUACAGGUAAAGGUUAACACCAAUGUUAGAGAGUCGUUGGUCUGAAUUCCAAAAUGGAAGCUCAAAAAUAAGGGAUCUAAAAGAGAAUGACUAAGGAAAAUGUAAAAAAAAAAAAAAAAAUAAAACCAAUUUCGAUUUUCACAUAUCCAUCUGGCAUUUUCCAGCGCAAACAUAUUAACUAAUAUACAUAUUAUAUUAUAAUAACUUUCCUUAGUCCGAUUAAAUCGAAUAAAUUUUGUUCUUCUUUGACUUCUCAAAUGUAAA